AUGACAGCAGCGACAACUGACAGAAGUCUGUGCGAUAUAUGUCAAAAAGCAAAAGGAAUAUUAAAAUGUGAAGGUUGUUCAAAAACCUUUUGUUAUAAUCAUUUUAGUGAUCAUCGUCAAGAAUUAAAUCAACAAUUAGAUGAAGUUGAAGUUAGCCGUGAUCUUUUUCGACAAACACUAACUGAACAAACACCAGAACUACAAAAUUAUAUUUUAGUACAACAAGUUAGUGAUUAGGAACGUGAUUCAAUUGACAAAAUUCGACAAACAGCA